AUGGACGAGAAUCCCCUACCAGCCCUUGAAACUGGCCUGAUCAACCCAGAAUCAAUGACCGGCGGCAAAGCAACAACCCAAGCGGGCGUUGUUCUGGAUCGACUGAAUGCUGCGUUGGUCCCUGGCGACGCCAAAGCCCUCGAAUCGUGCUUCUACACAGACCAGGCAUACUGGAAAGAUCAGCUGGCCUUCACAUGGCACUUGCGCACAUUCAGAGGCCCGGGCACCAUUGCCACGAGGCUACUCGAGACUGCGAAAUUAAGAUGCCUCGCUCGGAUUGAGGUGGAUGGAACUGCAGAGUUUCUUCCUGCCACACCGGUUCUUCAAUUUAUCGACUGCCCCAUUAUAUUCAGGACAGGGUCCCCUGCUGCACUUGGUCGGGGUAAGAUCCUCCUAUUACCAGUCGACGACGGCGGCGACAUCGUCUGGAGGAUCUGGAUUCUCAGCACCAGGCUUGAAAGUCUGGAUAUACAGCCCGAAAACGAAAUGCUUUUACAGUCCCCGAAAAGACCGCUUGAUGGUGCAUCGGACUUCGAAACGGACGUCUUUAUUAUCGGCGCGGGCAAUGCCGCCGUCACUCUCUCUGCACGCCUCAAGGCCCUGGCCGUCGACAGUGUCAUGGUCGACCGGAAUGCUCGCCCGGGAGAUAACUGGGCGCUGCGCUACGACUGCAUGCAGUUCCAUCUUCCGACUUCGUUCUGUGAGAUGCCGUAUAUGUGUGCGAUAGGCUAUGAUAAAGAGCUCCAAAACCCGCACCUCCUCUCGAAAGAUGACCUCGCCUCGCAAGUUCGGCGAUACAUCGAGUCGUUUAAUCUGAAUACCAUCCAUUCAGCUCAAGUCCAGUGGACUGAGUAUCACACAGUGGCUCGGACAUGGAGUAUCACGAUCCAGACUCCAGCUGGCCAGUGUAGGGCUGUCUCGAAGCAUCUCGUCAUGGCGACGGGGAUUGGGUCUCAGAAACCGUAUAUCCCGUCGAUCGAAGAUACAGGUCUGUACAGAGGGGUCAGCAUCCACUCGGCAGAGUAUAAAAAUGCGGAGGUGUUGAAAGAGCGAGGAGUCAAAUCGGUUGUUAUUGUCGGCUCAGCAAACACCGCAUUCGACGUGCUCGCAGACUGCCACGGCGCUGGUCUCGCCGCCACAAUGGUCGUCCGGUCCCCCACAUACAUCGUCCCUCUCGAGUAUAUCUGCCAUAGUCUUAGCCUCGGCGCCUAUGAUGCCGGUGUGGACUCCGCCGACAACCUCUUCCUGUCCCUUCCCACCGUCGUCGACAGCCAGCUUGGUCGUGCGUUAUUCGCCAUGUUUGCCGCCAAUGAGCCGGGGCGGUACGCUGAGCUUGAGACAGCGGGUUUCCCCGUUCUCGAUAGCCGACAGCCGUCCUGUGCGCUGAUGUCCAAUCUCCUGGAGCGGGCUGGGGGACAUUAUGUGGAUGUUGGGGGGACGAAGUUGAUUGAGGAGAAGAAGGUCGAUGUGAAGGCGCUUGUGGAGCCCAUCGGGUAUACAAAGAAGGGGCUUCGGUUUUCGGACGGGAGCUCUGUGGAUGCAGAUGCCGUUAUCUGGUGUACAGGCUUUGCUGACCUGAACGCGGUAGACACUGUCGCGGAGAUUCUUGGUGAUGGGAAUGCGGUUGUGAGCGAGAAGCAGCAGUAUAUACUCACCCCACGAGAUGUCGCCUCGCGCAUAGAUGCGACGUGGGGACUCGACGAAGAGGGAGAGGUCCGAGGGAUGUGGAAGCGCCAUCACAAUGCAGACAACUUCUGGAUCAUGGGGGGUUAUACACAGCAGCACCGGUGGCACUCGCGCACUCUUGCUCUGCAGAUCAAGGCUGCGUUGGAGGGCAUUUUGCCGCCGGCUUACAAUGUGAACUGA